AUGUUUCGCCUGUUAGGCACCCUGCGCGGUUCCCAGCCUGUGGCUCGCUUUCAGCGCUCCUGCGGGCUCUUCCCCGUCAGUGAGGAGGGCGGCUGCAGCAGCGAGCCCUCCGCCGAGGAAGCCCGGGACGGCGGAAUCUGCAACGGCGCGGGCGCGCUGCGCAGCCCCGCAGCCACCGGCCGCGGCGUUUCCAACGGGGUGCGGAGUAGCCGAGGCCCGAAGGGUUCCACACAGAAGUACAUUGUGAAGAACUACUUCUACUACUACUUGUUCAAGUUUUCAGCUGCUUUGGGUGAAGAGAUUUUUUAUAUCACUUUCCUUCCAUUUACCUACUGGAACAUAGAUCACUCUGUAUCUAGAAGGAUGAUCAUCAUUUGGUCUAUAGUGAUGUACAUAGGGCAGGUCUCCAAGGACAUCCUCAAGUGGCCUCGGCCCCUCUCGCCACCUGUUGUCAAGCUGGAAAUGAGGACAGAUGCAGAGUAUGGGAUGCCUUCCACCCACGCCAUGGCAGCCACUGCCAUCUCCUUCUCCUUCUUCCUCGCAACCAUGAAUCAGUACGAGUACCCCUUUGAGUUUGGUCUGGCAGCAGCAUUUGUGUUCUCAACACUGGUGUGUCUCAGCAGGCUCUACACGGGGAUGCACACAGUCCUGGAUGUGAUUGGUGGAGCGCUGAUUUCGGCUGUGCUGCUGAUGCUUCUGUACCCUGUGUGGGACACGAUAGACCACCUGCUGCUGACUAGCCCCUUCUGCCCACCGAUUUCCAUCAUUGUGCCUCUCGUCUUAUGCUACAACUACCCCAAACUGGACUACUACAGCCCUACCAGGGGAGACACCACUACCAUCUUAGGAGCAGGAGCUGGGGCAACUGUGGGAUUUUGGUUAAAUAACCAAUUUGUUGCAGCAUCCUACGCUGGUGAGGAUUUUCAGCUCAGAUUUCCUUUGCUCACUGGUAAAACCAUGGUGGUCAUGCUAGCCAGGUUCCUCGUAGGGAUCUUCAUCAUUCUGCUGACACGCCAGCUCAUGAAGAGUGUGGUCCUUGGCAUGCUGGGCUACCACUACAAGUUCCCCAUGAGGGACCUGGCAGCACGGAGACGACCAGAAGUGGAAGUGCCAUACAAGUUCAUAACCUACUCCUCGGUCGGCUUAACCGCCACUGUCAUUGUGCCACUGCUGCACGAGCUGCUGGGACUGAUGUGA